CGCAUUGAAACUUCCGGCUGGCAAUUCAAAAUGGCCGCCAGAAAGAGAACGCAAGAGGAGAAAAAUUUAAAAACUCUUCGAGAACUUGCUGCAUUACCUGCAAAUAAGCAAUGUUUCGACUGUCAUCAGCGGGGGCCAACGUAUAUAAACAUGACUGUCGGGUCAUUUGUCUGUACGUCCUGCAGCGGAAUUCUGCGAGGUUUAAACCCACCGCAUCGAGUGAAAUCCAUCACCAUGACAACAUUCACACCUGAAGAAAUAGAGCAGAUAAAAAACAAAGGAAAUGAGUACUGCAAGUACGUGUGGCUGGGUCUGUACGACUCUCGCUGCCCCAUGGAGCCGGACUCCAGGGACGAACAGCGGACGCGGGACAUGAUGAUCCAAAAGUAUGAGCGCAAGCGCUGGUACGUUGAGCCCGAGGUGGCCCUGCAGAGGAUGCACGCAGACCAGCAGCAGCAGGGCAGAGCACAGCAGCAGCAGCAGCCGCAACAACAACCGACACCACCACCACCGACCAACCAUGUGCCGCAUUCCAACUCUGCUGUCAUGCCCGACACAAAGCCCCUCUCUAGCCUGCUGGGGAAGAACAGCCUCCCUCUAGUCAUUCACAAGUCCCAGCCUACGACUCCUAGUUCUGCAACUUGGCCAACACCUAUUUCAUCAGCCGUUGCCACAACGACAACCAGCCAACCCAUGUUCAAGUCAAAUGUCGACAUUUUUGGCACUUUCAACAGCGACCCAUUCAGCUCGGCCUCUGUAAACUCUACACCUACAGUUCCUGCGAAACCUGCAACAUUUUCUGCAAACGGAAACUUUGCAAAUUUCGACACAGUUUUUUCAUCUGGAAACCAGGAGCAAGCGCCUGUGGUGGCGCACACGGGGGUGACAAAUAGCAUAAACAGCAACCAUAUCGGGGAUACAAGCGGUGGUGGUGGCUUUGUGGCCUCGUUCCCGCCAAUGCCGAGCGCGCUGAGUGCAGUGAGCACGCCAUCGACUGUGACCCUGUCCGCGGCUGCCGGUGGAGGGGAGCCGCAGACAAAGGUUCCUCCGGCGGAUCGAUACGCAGCUCUGGCCGACUUGGACAACCUGUUCCACCAGGAGAGUCCGCAACCACAACCACCUCUGCAGCCACCCCAGCCACCUGCCUAUCCGCAGGCUUCGGCAUUUGCAGUGCCUCAAGCAGCUGCCGCGACUCCCUCCAACCCAUUUGCGGCGGCAGCUCCGGUAUGGAACAUGGCAGCCCCCGCACAGUCCGCCAGCACAGCAUCAGCGUUUGCGACACCCAACCCCUUUGAAGCUGUGGCACCCACGGGAGGAGUCUUUGGUGGCCUGGACGGGAUGGGUGGUGCUGGCAGUGUGGGCGCAGGCGCCUCAGUGUUUGGUGGUUCUCCCAAUGGAUAUGCCUUGGCUGGCACACCCCCUGUGGUUCAGCAGAAAGGCAUUGGCUAUGUGGGUUGGGGCAACAGCGGAUUGGCCGCAGCACCCGGUGGCAUCGUAACACCGGCAGUGGCUCCUUCAGCCUGGCCUGCCAUGGGCAAGGCGGCAGGACCCAUGGCCACAGAUUGGUCGCAGGUCGGGUCGCCAGCGGCAGCCAACCCUUUUCUGAGCGGUCCCAUGCCAAGAGCCAAUUCCAGCAACCCAUUCCUCUGAUAGCAGGCCCCAAACCACCGCAACUGGAAGCACCCACCUGCAAGUGGGAUAAUGACCAGGAACAACGUGCUACUAGGAAGAAGGGGGGAAAAAAGCGGCGCCAUUUUUCCUUUCUAGUGCCCCAUUUUGCCUAGGUUGCACACGUAGCUGUGUAUCUUCUUGCUGGACAAAGUGGACACGUUUUCAUUAGCGAGUAACAGUUCGCCUUCUUCAGCUGCUGUAUGCCUUUUUGUCCUUAUUUUUUUGAAUUUUUUUUAACUAAGUGCCACACAGCAACUUCUUCUAGUCUCUUAAUUUUUUUUUUUUUGCCACUGAGGGAGAGGAGCAGUCAGUGAGCGAAAGUAAGAGGGAAGUAAAGAGAAAGAAAGAGAAAACGUCCAGGGCGUUCCUUUUCUUUUGCUUCCCUUUCUUUUGUGGGCAUCGAACAUUGGUGAGAAGCAUUAGUUCUGUCUAACCCUAUUUCGUUUUUGCUGCUUUAAUUUUGUGUUGUGAGUGUUUGUGUUUUGUCCGUUGCUUGUCUCACUCUCUCCCAUUUCCUAGAACUUUCAAAACCUGUUGAAAGCUUUCUUGCUCUUUUGUGCACAGUAUUUUAAUAGAGAAGUUGUAGGGGGAAAGGAAAGGGUUGAUGGAUCGGUGAGUAAGUUGAGCUGGUUGUGAAUGGUAGUAGAAACUUUUUUUUGUUCUUUGUUUCCUUCUCAAAGCUUAGCCGUGUUCACAACCGUGCAUAACCUCCAGAAGGCAUAACGUUACAUGGGGCGGAAUGGUUUCUCGACUGCGCUUCCUGUGUAAGCCAUACUGUUUGCCAGAUUUAAAGAAAAAAAUUGGAGAUAAUUGAAUAAAAAAACAAUGUGGAACAAAAUUUUAGAAACUCCAAAGGGGGCACUGAAGACAUGUCUUUUUUUUUUUUUUCAGUACCAUGUGUGAUAUUUCAUACUGUAUGUGGCGUGUGUUGCUGUUAACAGCAAGCCGAGCCAAAGGGUCAUUGAGGAGUUUGCACAUACAGAGAUUAAUUAAAGUGCAAAGUUCUGGGGCGUUCUCUGGCCCGAGCUACGUUGUCCUUCGAGUGGGGACGUCGCGCCAUGCACUUUGCACGUUCAGACACUUAGAGGGAUGCAAAUGGAAUCCAGUGAAUACCAGCUGUAGUAGCAGAUGCCAGGCAUGUUAAAAGCUGCUCAGAGCAUCCAAUUCCUUCAUGUACAUAUUGGAGAUUUGUUUUAAAAGAUUCUGUAUCAUAUCUGUUGAAGUACGGGAAUCAUGAGAAUGCUUUAUUGCAAUUUUUUGUCUGCAAUAAAUAGCAUAGCAUGCUUUCAUAGAA